GGGCUAAAGGCCACGGGUUGCGGGGUCGGGGCGGGCCGGCCGGCGGGGCAUUUAAACCCCGGGGAUUGUCAGCUCGGGACGCGUGCCCAAGCUCCGCGUCCUCCUCCGCUCCGCCUUCGCUUCGGGUACCGCCGGGCAAGAUGCGGUCCUCUCUGGCGCCCGGCAUCUGGUUCCUCCGCGCCUUCUCCAGGGACAGCAAGUACCGAGCCUUCAUCCUGCUCAUCACCUUCUUAAUCUACACCUGCUAUCACAUGUCCCGGAAGCCCAUCAGUGUCGUCAAGAGCCGUCUGCACCACAACUGCUCAGAGGUGAUCCAGCCCCUCAAUAGCACCCACAGUCUCAACGACACCACAUGGUGCAACUGGGCCCCCUUUGAUAAGAGCAACUACAAGGAGCUACUGGGGGCCGUGGACAACGCCUUCCUCGUGGCCUACGCCAUCGGCAUGUUCAUCAGUGGCAUUUUUGGGGAGCGGCUCCCCCUCCGGUACUACCUCACAGCUGGAAUGCUGCUCAGCGGCCUUUUCACCUCACUGUUUGGCCUGGGGUAUUUCUGGAACAUCCACGUACUCUGGUACUUUGUGCUGGUGCAGAUCUUCAAUGGACUUGUGCAGACCACGGGCUGGCCCGCCGUGGUGAGCUGCGUGGGCAACUGGUUCGGGAAGGGCAAGCGGGGUCUCAUCAUGGGCAUCUGGAACUCCCACACAUCCGUGGGCAACAUCCUGGGCUCCCUGCUGGCUGGCGUGUGGGUGGAUCAGCAGUGGGGCCUGUCCUUCGUGGUGCCCGGCAUCAUCACUGCCAUCAUGGGCAUCAUCACCUUCUUCUUCCUCAUCGAAUACCCAGAAGACGUGGACUGCUCCCCGCCUCAGCACCACGGUAAUCCAGAAGAGAGCCAAGACCACCCCGAGGACCCCGCAAACGGACCCAGCUGUAACAAAGAGAGCAGCCUGGAGUCAGCUGUCACCUGCUCCAAGGAAGCAAGUGCUCAGCCUUCCGCCAUCAGCUUCUUCGGGGCCCUGCGCAUCCCGGGCGUGGUCGAGUUCUCCUUGUGUCUGCUCUUCGCCAAGCUGGUCAGUUACACCUUCCUCUACUGGCUGCCCCUGUACAUUUCCAAUGUGGUUCACUUCAGUGCCAAAGAGGCUGGGGACCUGUCCACACUGUUCGAUGUUGGUGGCAUCAUAGGCGGCAUCUUGGCGGGGCUCGUCUCUGACUACAUCAACGGCAGGGCCACCACCUGCUGCGUCAUGCUGAUCUUGGCUGCCCCCAUGAUGUUCCUGUACAACCACGUUGGCCAGAGAGGAAUCGGCAUCUCCAUAGUCAUGCUGCUUAUCUGUGGAGCCCUGGUCAAUGGCCCUUACGCGCUCAUCACCACCGCUGUCUCGGCUGACCUGGGGACGCACAAGAGCCUGAAGGGCAACGCCAAGGCACUGUCCACUGUCACAGCCAUCAUCGAUGGCACUGGAUCCAUAGGUGCGGCUCUGGGGCCUCUGUUGGCCGGGCUCAUAUCCCCCACGGGCUGGAACAAUGUCUUCUACAUGCUCAUCGCUGCCGACGUCCUGGCCUGCUUGCUCCUCUGCCGGCUGGUGUACAAAGAGAUCCUGGCCUGGAAGUCAUCCCUGGGCAAAGACAAAGGCUCUAAUGUGGCCCUAACCCACGCGUGAUAGUCUUUUCCUCAAGUCCCAUGACUUUUGUAUAGAGAAAUGUGAGGCCCCUGAUCAGAGCAGAAACAUGGAGGGACUUUGCCGGGUCCCAAAGUGCCCCCCCCCCACCACACAGAUGGCUGAGGCAAAAAGCCCCUUGACCCAGCACCAGCCAGCCCAGCCCGCGAAGCUUCCAAGGGCUAGGAGAUGCUCCACGGGAAAGGACCGCCAAGUUCGAGGACGUGGAAAACUCAAGGGCCUUGUUGGAGAAUGGAGGGAACGCAGAGUGCUCACCAUCCUGAAAAGGCAUCUUGAGACCAAAACAAAACGCUCAGGCAGCUCCGUGCCAUCAGUGGAUCAGCUUAUUACAGGGUCACUUAACAGUAUGGGAUAGGCUGGACAGCGAUCUGGGAGCACCCCCAUGCCACCCAGGGGCUGUACGGACGAUUCUAUGGCUAACCUGGGGGACGGGGAGGCAGGACAUGCAUUCCUAAGUGAAAAUUUAUGAACACGUAACCAGUCUUGUGGGUGCUGGGAACAUGUCAGAGACUUCCAUCAUUGUUUGGGGACUAACAGAGCAUAGAAGCUACCUGAUCCUAAUGGUUAUUAAACAGGGCAAUGAUUCAGCAUACCGUACAGUCCUGAGUAGGCCCAGUGGAAGGAGAGGAGAGACUGUGAAGAUCCCUGAUGAUGUCAGUUUCGCUGAUCCAGGCCUCAAUUCUGGAGACCGCGGGCCGGAGGGAUUGGGGCUGAGGGCUGUCAGCGUUUUGGUACAAGGAGGGGUCUGCUCAGACUCUUUCUUGUUCAAAUUCCAAGAUGGAUAGCCGAGGUUUGGUGAGGCCAAGGCCUGGAAAGAGUGUGUCUCUCCUUCUCAACGUUAGACUGGAACCUCUGUAAUCAGGCUCUACCUGAAAGUGUGUAUUUCGGAGCCACCAGACCUCUCCUUGUCCCUUAUGUCCACAAGCCUGUCUCUCCAUGUGUUUCCCCACAUUGGCACCCCUGCUUCUACCCUCCAUCUGAUCCUGUUUCUAACUUCUGACCCAUUUUGAUUAAAACAUUGCUGUAUCCUCCAGGGACCAGGGAGAGGCAGGGCAGGGUAGGGGUGUCACUCCCAGGCGUGGCCAGCCCCUGAGUGUGAGGGCACCUUGCCUCACUCUUGUCCCAGCCCUCUGUGUCCCCAGGGCAGAUGGCUUAUCAGGGCAGUGCUGUUGGGGAAGUGUGUAGGGCGGUGGGGCGGGGUGGGGCAUGACCCAAAGUCCCAGUAUGUUAUUAAAUAUUUUGAUAAUGAAA